AGUUUGAAGACAUCUACCGGUGUAACGUAGUGUUACUUGGGAUUACCAGUUACUGUGCAUCGAAAAGCUGUUACUGAAUUCUAUCCGAAAACUGAAGGAAGGUAAAAUAUUAAGAGCUGCAUGGUGACAUGGCAGCUAAAGUUUUAUCGGUGUGCUUGGUCGUGACCUGCCUCGUUGCCUUCGCGACUGCAGGUUUUGAAGAUCCACCUUUUGUAAAGCCUUCAAAUCAAAAUAACAGUUUGCUGUAUGUUAGCUAUACCAGCCAGCCAUUCAAAAUACAGACUAUGUCACUGGAAGAGAACGAACAGCCUCCGGUAAUUCUGGCGGAAGCCAGCAUCGAAGGCACGGACUCCAUGAGAACGGUUACGUACCUCAGUCCCACAAAUGGAGCGACACAGCUGGCCAUAAACAUUUCAAAUGCAAACAACGUAAUUUUAACGAAGGAACUGGAUUACGAGGACCCAGAAGGACCUUCCGAUCACACGUACAGGUUUUCUAUAUUCUUAAAAGAGAACAACAAAGAUUAUGCUCAAAUAAACCUUCAAGUUAUCAACGUUAAUGAUAAUCCACCAGUAAUCCGAUCAUUGAACUCAUCGUGCCGGAUACCGGAGAGCUGCAUUAAAGAUAAAUGCGAUGUCACAUGCCUCUUCAAACUGACAGAUGCAGAUGGUGAGCUGAAUACAGAAACUAUCACAGUUUACGAGGAUGGUGAAGUGUCUUCAUACUUUGAUGUACUGAGUAUCAGUCAUCCAGACACAUACACAUGGAUUUACCAGUUGGAAGUCAUUAAACCUCUGGACUACGAGUUGACUACCAUUCACUCCUUGGUGCUGGUCGCAAAUGACACGUUGUUUACAGAUACCCUUACAUAUCUCGUAUAUGUUGACAAUGUACGACAAAGAAAUCCAAAAUGGGUGACAAGUCCAGGGGUGUUCCAAGGAGAAGAAAAGACAGAGCAUACUGUUGCAUUUAAAGCAAUAGAUGGGGACACUGGAUUGAAUGAUGAAAUAGCAUACGGCCUAAAUGAAGAAGAACAGUACUUUAGCAUCGACAAAAGCACCGGCCUGCUGACAAUUCACUACAUUGAUAGGGACAUUCUGGCCAGCGACUACUUCAGCUUCAGUGUGUUGGCCUACAAGAAAGAGUUCCCAGAAUACAACGUAAGUCUCACCAUGACCGUUAUGGUACUGGACAUUGAUGACCACACACCGAACUUCACCAUCGGUGCCGACGAGGAGAAACGCUUGGAGAUCUACAUUGACGAGAGAAGCACGACACUUCAGCUGAAUGACACCAUCACCGUGAGGGAUCCAGAUCUUGGUCUGAAUGGAACGUUCAGCCUCACCCUCGAAAACGACCCGGACAACAGCAGCGCCGUGGGGUGGAGCCACAACUUCCUCAUCGUCCCCACGAGCGGCUACCAGACGGUCGAGCUCACGCUGGCCAUCAGGAACGGCACGAAACUGGACUACGAAGAUCCUGACUGGAGGGACAUGUUCAUGCAGAUAGUAGCAACUGAAAGUUUUGAUCCAACCCACGUAAACCACACCAGAGUGAUCAUACAUCUGAACGACAUCAACGACGAAUACCCGGUGUUUGAUAAAAACGAGUACAACACGACGUUGAGGGAAGAUGCAGAAGUUGGGGAUUUUGUCAUCACUUGUCACGCUACCGAUGCGGACUUCAACUAUACGGAUCCUGUGACGCACACGCUCCUGCCACUGUCGCAGAAGGCGCUGGCGAUAGACCCCGUGUCCGGGAACGUCACCGUCGCGAUGGAGAACCCCUACAACUACCAGCAGCAGCAGGAGGUGUUCUUGCAGGUGCUGGCGGCGGACUCCAACACGCCCGAGCCGCACCGCACCUACGCCCAGCUCACCAUCCACAUCGAAGACGUGAACAACGAGCCCCCCGUCAUAUCCCUGCCUGACGACGGCAGCCAGCCGCAGGUGGCGGAGAACGCCACCAGCAACACGACCGUGGUGACCUUGACCGCCACCGACCCGGACACCGGCGCCGAGCUCUUCUUCAGCAUCGACUGGGACAAGACAUAUGCGUCAAAGCUGGGCGUGGCUCUCAGAGGCGAUGAUUCCAAGUAUUACGAGGACUGCUUCUACAUCGACACUGUGUCGAACGACGCGUCUCAGCGAAACGUGAGUGGCAUCGUGCGUGUCAAGGAGCGCCACAUCUUCCCCUCCAAGAACAUGGACUGGGGCAAGUUUGACACCGUGUUCCUGAGUGUCAAAGUCACCGAUAACACCACGGAGUUCAAGUUCCUGCAGAAUCAGAACAGAUCAACACUGCUGACCGUGGUGAUACUCGAUGUGAACGACAAUCCUCCAAUAUUCGAGCAGGAAGAGUACAGUGCAAGUGUAGCUGAAAAUACGGAUCCAGACACGCUCAUUACAUCUGUUACUGCAACAGAUGCAGAUGGCCCAGGCAAUAAUGACGUUACGUACAGCCUUGAGCUUGUUUCUACAUCCUUGAAUAAGACUGCUACAGAACAGCCAGAAUUUGUGAAGAUUGACAAAACCAGUGGCAAAAUAUACACGGGAGAUUUCAAUAUUGACUGCGAAGUUUACCAGUAUUUCAUAUACAAUGUCACUGCCACAGACAACGUUUUUGUCACCGUUGUAAUGAUGAACCUAACUGUCAUAGACAAGAAUGACAACUUUCCACUCAUCAACAAUUCACUUCCCGACGUGCACAUCAAGGAGCUGUCUCCCAAUGGAACGGAUGUGGUUCUUGUGGAAAGCCACGAUAUUGACUUCAGUGUUCCGUUCCACACGUGCUACUACUUGAUAGAGUAUACGGCCGACGCAACGGGGCAAGUGCGCAAGUUCUUCAGCGUAGACAUCAACACCGGCCAACUGAUCGUGAAUCUGGACGGCGGGGAGCCGCUAAACCUGGUGAAGACGAAGACACUGAGCUACCUCAUACCACUGAUGGUGCGGGACAACUUCGCGGAUAGGCAGACUGACCCCACAAUCAGCAACUCUGUCCGCUCCAUGAUCACCGUGCACAUUGACGAUGUGAACAACAAUGCCCCAACGUUUGCUGAACUGCCGGAGGGCCAGGCUUACCUCUUCAGCUGCACAACUCAUGAUAUUCAGGGAAAAAAUGUGCUGGAUGAUUUAAAAGCACCAGAUUUGGAUGAGCCUGGUCCAAACUCUUGGGUGAAGUACAGGAUACUGAACAUCAGCGUAAUCAGUGGCAAGCAAAGCACGGCUCCUCAAGACUUGUUCAGUAUACACAACAAUGAUGACAACAAGACUGCUACUAUUACCAUUGGGAGGAACCUUUCGAAUUGGUGGGGCACCUACAGCAUAACUUUCUAUGCACAAGAUGAAGGCGAACCACCUCUUAACGACACCAAGAGCUACCCUGUUCGCAUUGAAGGUUUAAAUGAUCACGAUCCUGUUUUCACCUACCCUGAUGCUAGUAUGAAAUAUGUGAAGUUGAAGAGAGAGCAGCAAAAACCUGACUCGUGUGCCAUUAUGAGUGAUGGAAAGUGCUUUCCUUACAUUACGGCCACAGACGAGGAUGAAGGUGAUAACGGACGUGUGAGUUUCGAAGUGCUUGGAGAUGACAACGCAUUGAAGUACUUGAAGAUGUCACCUGAUAGUGAUGAUAAUUCUGCUACGCUCUUGAUGGCAUUACCGUUUGAUAGUGAAUCACCUUCAGUUUUCACGCUCCAACUAGAAGCCUACGACCACGGCCAAACCCCGCGACGCACGGAAACGGAGCUAAGGAUUCUAGUGGUGUCUCAGGAGGCCAGAGAGCCGGUGUAUUCUGAUCCAGUAAUGAAGGCUCAAUUCACAGAAAAUAUCACCGGCAUGUCAGAAUUUGUACUCCUGACUCCACCUAUUGACCCAGACUACAACUUGUCAAUGACGCUUUACAACAUGUCAGAUCCUAUUUACUAUUAUUUGUUGAACAGCACAUGGGAUGGAAUGGAGCAUUUUCAAGUUGACAGUGAGACCGGAAACCUUACUCUGAAGUACAUGCUCGACAGAGAGAAGAUAGACAACUACACGCUGUACAUCCUUGUCAGCAAGUACUCCACCCAGCCAGUGACGAUUCAGUCGCAGAAGAGUGUGCUGCGGGUUGACAUAAAGGUGCUGGAUGUAUACGACACACCACCUGUAUUCCCAGUAUCGAUAUACACAGGAGGUAUCAAAAAUGGCGACUUGAGGGGGAAGAUUGUCUUCACUGUGACGGCCACUGAUGAAGAUCUAAAUGACACUACAUCUUUCAGCAUUGAAAAUUCUGUUGCAUCAAAUGAUCAGUUGAGAAGUGUGAUGAGCGACAACCCGUUCACAGUGGACAGAUAUUCUGGAGUGGUGACGCUGACUGUUGAUAUGGUUUAUUCCAGCAUACAAGGAUUUUUCAAGUUCGAUAUUAGGGGAACAGACCUUGGCAACAACUCUAAUGUUGUACCAGGAAAAAUAUACAUUGUGUCCGACGCCAAUCUUAUUACCUUCCAGUUCAACAAUCCAAUUACAGAGGUACAGCAGAAGAAAGAUGAUGUGGUGAAUGUUUUCACAAAAGUUUUUGGGUGGCAAUGUUCGAUUGAUGAUAUGAGUGAAGGCAAAGCUGCCGCCGAGACUAGCAGCAGCUACACAAACGUCAGAACACACUUUGUCGACUUGGAUAAAGACUUGCCCAUUGAAGCAACGCAGAUCAAAAUCCAGCUGAAUGUGCGGUCAGUGAUAAGCACGCUGCACAAUGACUUCCUCACCUACAGCCUGGAGUUCAACUCGUUUGAAGACACUGCCAAGUCAGUAGCCUCGGGCAACAUGGAGCAAGUGCUGCAGAUUGUUCUUAUAGUGGUUUCCGUGGUGCUAGGGACCAUGGUGGUCGUACUGUUUGUGGCGUUCUUCUACAGGACACGAUACCUAACUCGUCGCCUUGAAGCACUUUCAGAGACAAAGUUCGGAUCCAAGGACUCAGGCCUGAAUCGUAUAGGCAUGGCAAUGCCAGGUACUAACCAGCAUGCUGUGGAUGGUUCAAAUCCUGUGUGGAGGAAUGAAGAAAUCACUGCCAAUAACCUUGACACAGCCAGUAUUGGCAGUGGAGAUUCAGAUCUCAUAGGCAUAGAAGACAAUCCCCAGUUCAACCCUCACGCACUAGCUGGCCAGGACAGGCGGGCAAGCUUCAUGCCGGGAAUGGACGAGAGGAGGAACAGCUUCAACCACCUGUAUUCCGCAGACCCGACGACGAAGCAGAACGAAGACAGCGACAGUGGCAUACACGACCACAACAACACGAAUUUCGCCAGCAACAAAAGCAUUCCUACCACGGAGCUGUGACGUGUUAAGACACUGUUCGCAAAAGAGACGAGGCGGUGAACGUGAGGUUAUCGUGAACUCGUGCCGUCACAUCAUUGGACAUUUCUUAACACUUAUUGGUAUGGUCGCGUAAUUGUAAGCGACUUGUUCAGAGUGGUACCAGAUAUAAUAUGAUUGAAAAUGUACAGUUAAAAUAUAUUAUUUUCAUUACAUCUGUAUUUAUUGUAAACCAAAAUACUGUAUAGUCAGAUGAAUAUUAUUAUUGGUUUUGGUACAAGGGAUACAAUGCAUUCAGUUUUUUUAAUAAUGCAAUUAAAUUAAAAAUCUUUUUACUAUCAGUUUCAAAUAUAUAGUAAUGCAGUUCGGAAAUAAACAUAAAAGGUUUGAGUGAAUGUGUUAUUUUAAUACAAAUUACUAGUUGAUAUGUGGAGGUGUACAUAGCUGUGUAAAACAUUAUCCGUCCAUAUUAAUAAAAAAUGUUAAUACUUUCUUAUUUCUAGCCAGUGGUUUGUUAUUGUUUCAAUGAUGUAAUACUUAUUGGUGAGACAAAAACAGGAAUUACAUUAGUGUAAAUUUUUAUACAUAAGAAAGAGAAUCUCAUGUAGACUAAGAAAUACAUCCUAAAUAAAGUUUGAUUGCCACACUGAGAAGAGAGAAGCAUUGUGGAAUCGGUGGAUCGAAAUACUCAUGUUUCUAGUUCUAUGCUUUGAUCUGAAAUAGAAGCUGCAAUGGGUAAGUACGUCAGCACUGAUACAGUAAGGCGGGUGAUACAUAGAGCUGGCUUAGCGGGAUGUAAAAGCCUGAAGAAGUCCUUUUUAAACGAAGAAAAGGUGAAAAAAAAUAGAGGCUUACUUUUGUACAAAAGUACGUUAACAAGAUCCCAAAGUUUUGGAGGUGAGUGAAUGAACAGAAACAUGCACACUUGUUACCUCAAAAUUUUAUUACUAAAUGUUUUCUCACACAGCAAAAUACUGUGCCAUCAAGCACUGAAUGCUUUAACUAUUUGCUAUCUUGUUUCUGUAUGUUACCUACAUUAUUAUUACUUUAUCUACAUUUACAAGGUAUUAACUAAACAAUUUUAAAUACUAGUGUUUCAUAUUUUUUUUAAAGAUCCACAAAAAGUGGAAUCCACACUAUGUGAAGUUCUUGAGAGAAAAUUAAACAAUUUUA